UGGAUCUUACGUCAUUCUCUUUCCACAGAGUUAGAGAAUACGUUAGAAAAUAUUACUGUGUUUAAAAGUAUCUUAUUAUUUCAGGCCACUCAUAUAAAUCAGAGUCAGUUCUCUUAACUCUCUUAUUUCAUCUUGGGUCAAUGUGUUAAUUAUUUUUAUUUCAGGGACUGCUGACAUUCAGGGAUGUGGCCAUAGAAUUCUCUAUGGAGGAGUGGGAACACCUGGACUCAAAUCAGAAGAAUUUGUAUGGGGAUGUGAUGUUAGAGAACUACAGAAACCUGGUUUGUCUAGGUCUUGCUGUCUCUAAGCCGGACCUGAUCACCUUUUUGGAGCAAAGGAAAGAGCCCUGGAAUGUGAAGAGUGCAGAGACAGUAGCCAUCCAGCCAGAUGUGUUUUCUCAUGAUACUCAAGACUUCUUGAGAAAGAAGCACAUAGAAGCAUCUUUCCAAAAAGUGAUGUUAGAUGGAUAUGGGAGCUGUGGCCUUCAGAAUUUACACUUAAGGAAAGAGUGUGAAAGUGAUGAGAAUAAUCAAUACAAUAAAUCUGAUGCAACAAUAAGCCGAGGCAUAAGCCCUAGAAGACAUCAGAAAACUCAUUUCCUACAGAACCAUUACAAAUGUGAAAAAUGUGAGAAAGUCUUUCAUGAAUGUACCAACCAUAUCCAUCAAAGUAUCCAUGUUCAGGAGAAGUCUGCCAAAUGUAAUAAGUGUGUAGCAACUUUUAUCCAGUCAUCAAACCAUACUCAGCCUCAGAGAAUCCACAUUGGAGAAAAGUCACACAAAUAUAAUAAUGGUGAGAAAAUCCUUAGUAAAUUCUCAAGUCUAAGAAAACAUAAGAUAAUCCAUGAUGAAGAGAAACCUUACAAAUGUAAAGAAUGUAGCAAAGCCUUUAACCAUAUUUCACACCUUACUCAACAUCAAAGAAUUCAUAGUGGAGAGAAACCCUACAAAUGUAAAGAAUGUGGCAAAGCCUUCAAUUCUAGUUCAUAUUUUACAAGACAUCAGCGAAUUCACACUGGAGAAAAACUUUACAAAUGCAAAGCAUGUAGCAAAUGUUUUACUCACUCUUCAAAUCUUCUUGUGCAUCAGAGAAUUCAUACAGGAGAGAAACCUUACAAAUGUAAAGAAUGUGGUAAAUCAUUUAAAGAGUCUUCAGCCCUUGCUCAACACAAGAGAAUUCAUACUGGAGAGAAACCCUACAAAUGUAAAGAAUGCAGCAAAGCCUUUAACUGUAGGUCUUACCUAACUAAACAUCAGAGAAUUCAUACAGGAGAAAAACUUUACACAUGUAAAUCAUGUAGCAAAUCUUUUUCCCGUUCCUCAAGUCUUAUUGUCCACCAGAGAAUUCAUACUGGAGAAAAACCAUAUAAAUGCAAGGAAUGUGGCAAAGCCUUUAAUUGCAGUUCACGCCUUACUCAACAUCAAAGAAUUCACACUGGAGAGAAACCCUACGUAUGUAAAGAAUGUGGCAAAGCCUUUAACUGUAGUUCAUCGCUUACUAAACAUCAGAGAAUUCAUACUGGAGUAAAACUUUACAAAUGUAAAGCAUGUAGCAAAUCUUUCUCUCGUUCCUCACGUCUUGUUGCACAUCAGAUAAUUCAUACUGGAAUGAAACCAUAUAUAUGUAAGGAUUGUGGCAUGUCCUUUAACCGGUCUUCAAACCUUAGACGACAUCAGAUGAUUCAUACUGGAGAGAAACCUUACAAAUGUAAAAAAUGUGGCAAAUUAUUUAAUCGAUGCUCAACUCUUACUCGACAUAAGAGAAUUCAUACUAGAGAAUCUCUGUAGUUGUAAUAAAUGCGGAAAGAGUUUUAUCUAAAAUGGAGAACUUAAGAAUCACCAUAGAGUUUAUAAGAAAACAGACUUUACAGAUUAAAUUCUUAUGCAGUCAGCACAUUAUUUGUAUUGAAAACAUUUGAGAUUUGUAUAAAGCAAACAAUAAUUCAAUUCUCAAAUUAGUUGUUAUACCUUAAUGUCUAGUGUUUAUGUAAAAACAUAUAGUCUAUUUUUUCUGCAUCAGAGCUGUGAGAGGUCCUUCUAUGGUAGAUGAACAUCAUUAACAUCAAUUUAUUUUCAUGUAAGUUUAAUGGCAAAUGUAAAAUGCACGAAGAAAAUCUAAAUAAAGAUGCUUUUUGUGUUUGGAUUGUAAAACAGUAAUGUGUGUAAGCAUAAGUACGUAUGUAGGGCAUUAUUAAGUGGAAUAUCCUGAAAUUAUUUAUUACAUCAGUUGUUCCUUAAGUAGAAAAAAACUGAUUGGUUAUUUAAAAUCCUGACAUACCUCUGUAGUACAAUAUAGUAGUAAUUUUGAAUAUUAUUUGACAUGUUAAAAAUAAAAACAUCUUCACAGAUAUCAGAGAAAAGUGAAAACUCAUAUCUGAAAGAUCAUAAAUAUACUUAAUAUAAAUUUUUCAGAGGACUUAAACUUCCAAUAAUAUUGAUAAUAUUCUCAUAGUAACUAUAUUGUAUUCUUUCUGUUACUAUAUUCCUGCUUUUUGUAGCUACUGGUGUACUAUGACAGUUAUAAUAAAGAUUAUAUGGGAGUAUUCUUAAAA